AUGCCUAAAAAGUGUGAAAUUGAAUCCCUUGUUAAACUGUGUUUAAGCUGCAUUAAAGAAACUAUUGAAAAUAGUAAGUUUGCCGUUAAUUUACCAUCAAUUCAGAAGGAUGACAAGGAGAUUUUAGUCAGCUUAGAAACGAACAAGCCACUUCAUCAAUUAAUACCCGUUACGCUCUCGGAAGAAAUCGUUGCGCUUUUCACCAGAAGCCGAAAACUAACCGAUGCAAAAAUCCUCGAACAUCUCAUCUCUCCGCGCAUCCAAAAGUUAUAUUUUCCUGUUUACUCUGAUGAUUACUUAGUUUUUUUCCCUAAGCUUGGAAAUCUGCUUAUAUUGGACCUACAAAACUCUAGAGUGGGAAACAAUUGGUUAAAAUACAUUGGGGCUUAUUGUUUCAAUUUAAGGUCGCUGAAUUUAGAAAAUUGUAUAGACGUGACCGAUACUGGAAUUCAAUGGUUGUGUCGUGGCACCGAAUAUCCAGAGAUGCGAAAAGAAAGCCCUAGACUAUGCAAGACCCUACAGAGACUAAUCCUUCCAAAUUAUUUUACUAUUGAAGCAUUGUUGGAAUUGGCUCAAAGGGCCAUACAUUCAAAGCGACCGGGCUAUUACAACGAUAGGUUCUGUACAUCAAUACUCUAUACCCCACGUUAUAACUUGUUUAGAAGUGAUAGGCUUCGACUUGCACUCUCUUUGUGCCAUUCACUAACCCGUGUCGGAAUUCACGUGAUCAAAGGAUUGAAAGAUAGUGAUCUCUUAUGCUUCCAAGCGUGUAUUAAUCUACAAGGAUUAAAAAUGUUGAAGUGCCUCCCAUUUUUUCCAAAUGAAACUGAAAUCACUUUUGAUGGUGGCGUGGCCCCACUACUUGAAGCAUUUGGAAAAUCGUUGGAGACUCUUAGCUUGGAGUAUUUCGAUUCAGCCCCUAUUUCAACCAUAGCCGAGUUUUGUCCUAAUUUGACUUGGCUGCACAUUAACAACGUAACGGGCUCGCUUGACAACGAAAGAGAUCUUGGGUGUAUCAAAGAGAAAGUGCCUAUGUUUAAGGAUCUUAAGUUUCUCUUUUGUCAUGACGAUAUCCAACCCGACAUUCUUCUUCUACUGUUAUCUUCGCCUUCACUUCAACACAUAUCCAUUUCUGAUUGUGAUACGCUCAGUGAUGAGGUUUUACAGAAGGCCGCCAUCAAUUAUUACGGUUUUCAGAACCUCCAGAAGCUGCAGCUAUCUCACUGCAAUUCGGUGUCGGGACGUGGCAUUGAAGCUUUACUGGUGGAUAGCAAUCCAAUAGAAAAUAUCAGUUUUUUUGGUUGUAAAAAUUUGGGCUCCGCAAACAAUUGCAAAUGGUCUAAGUUGAUUGUUAAAAACAAUUGGAACUUGAAAUGCUUCGUUUAUUAA